CAGUAUUUCUUGACUGUAUAGAUACAGUCCUUUUGUCAUGUCUGGGCGUGGUAAGCAGGGAGGCAAAACUCGCGCCAAGGCCAAGACCCGCUCUUCUCGGGCCGGGCUUCAGUUUCCCGUAGGCCGAGUGCACCGCCUGCUCCGCAAGGGCAACUAUGCCGAGCGGGUCGGGGCCGGAGCGCCGGUGUACCUGGCGGCGGUGCUGGAGUACCUGACCGCUGAGAUCCUGGAGCUGGCUGGCAACGCGGCCCGCGACAACAAGAAGACUCGUAUCAUCCCGCGUCACCUCCAGCUGGCCAUCCGCAACGACGAGGAGCUCAACAAGCUUCUGGGCAAAGUGACCAUCGCGCAAGGUGGCGUCCUGCCCAACAUCCAGGCCGUGCUACUGCCCAAGAAGACCGAGAGCCACCACAAGGCGAAGGGCAAGUAGAAGCCUGGAUUAGUUUGCAGCAACUCAAUUCCAAAGGAACCAAAGGCUCUUUUCAGAGCCACCUACAAUUUCGUGAAGAACUGAGCACUAUGUUUAACAUGAUUUCUCGUCUUUGCCUACUUCUAAACCACUCCAAAGGUUACGUAGAUCAGUCUUCGGUGUCUUGGUUAGGUAGUGACAAUCUCGUUAGCUUUUUAAAAAGCCUGGAUAACAUUAAAAGUAUUAAACAGCCUUCAUCUUAAGCUUAGUGGAAGAAAAUUUAGUUUUUCUUAAGUUGGCACUAUCCAAGUAUGUUGAAUUCUAUAUGGUUCACUGUUGGGUUUUACUUUUAGUCUGUUGAGAAGCAAACAUGUCUGCUUUGGGGCCAGAUGUUUUCUGGGUCUUGGUAAAUGACAAACCGAGUAUUCGACGUUCAAUCCAAAUCUAGAUCAACGACUUGGAUUCUUCAUUUCUGAGAAAUGUCUCUCGAAUCAGUAUAAUUGCAUUUGAACAUUAAUGAUUGAGUUGAGAAUAAUUAUUAGAUUAAUUAGAACAGUUACUUAUGGUGCCAGGUAGUUCUCUUUGAAGCAUUUUCUGAAAAUUCAUUGAAAUUAAAAUUUCCCGAGCUUUCUCACCCCCAGCCACACAAAUUGAUUUCUCAGUAUAGAGAUGACUGUUUGAGCGUGGUAAAUUCCACUUUUAAAAUAUCUGACUUGAUGUUUUUAAUCUGACAAUCAGAUCUGGAUGUACGAAUGGAAUAGAUUCUUAAGAGAAAAUGAAUUACGUUUCUAGAGUAUUAGAAAAAUAAGCUGCAAUGGAAUUACUUUAAUCUGAAAGUGAAAAGUUCACAUAAGGUUGUUUCUUUGACAUUUUUAGGCCUUGAAUUUCUCAUGCGAACCAGUUUUCUUGGUUAUAAAAAUACAAGUUUUUAAAAUUUAAGUGGUCAAAAGAUAGGAAAUUGAGGGGACAGGAGUAUAUGGCUGUCCUGUCCAGUAUUGUAGCCACUAGCCAAUCGUGGAUAGUGAUCAUUGGAAAUUCCAUAACAUGAGUUUUAUAUAAAAUACACAUUGCAUUUGGAAAAGUCAGUGCCAAAAGGUGUAAAAUACCUAACAAUUUUAAUUUCGAUAACAUAUUGAAAUAUGUUGGCUAUAUUGGAUUAAACAAAAUAUUAAAAAUUAAUUUUUUCUUGUUUUGUUACAAUGUUGCUCCUAGAUAAGUGUAAAUUACUUAUAUUGCUGUCAUUUAUUUCCACUGGAAAUCGCUAGUAUAGUGAACAACUGUAUAGCGAAAAUAGAAAAUAAAAUAUGGAGACCAUGAACUGCUAAGACUGUCAGAGGAAU